AGCAUUAAAGAAGAAAAAGGGAGCGAAGAAUAUAAUACUAAUAUAAAAGGAGUUUCUUCUGCUGCAAGUUAUCUAUCUAUCAUGGGAGAUCAUUUCGUGUUGUUUAUGGAUCGGUUGAUAACAGAAGCGACGAUUGAGGAAGCUAUCCAGAGCAGGAACCGUGUGUUGCAAGCUAAUGCACCCGUAGAGGAUGAUGAAUGUAGUAGGAUUCUCGAUGAGAAAACGCUCGAGAAGCUGCGUAAUGGAGAUUUGAAGAUGGUGCAGUGUAAGAUUUGUCACGAUGAGGAUUUGGAUUCAAAUAUGGAGACUCCUUGUUCUUGCAGCGGCAGCUUGAAGUAUGCACAUAGGAGGUGUGUGCAGAAAUGGUGUAACGAGAAAGGAGACACGACCUGCGAGAUUUGCCAUCAGGAGUUUAAGCCGGACUAUACAGCACCGUCUCCAUUGUUAGAGUUGGGUCCUGUUCCUCAUCAUUUCAGGGGAAACUGGGGAGUAUCUCAACGUGAUCAUCGUUUCAUUACAGUUGUACCUACUGAUUCUACUUUCCUCGACAAUCAACAUCAAUAUCCUCUUUCUUCCACCACAAGCUUCAUCUGUUGCCGUUCCUUUGUUCUCAUCUUCAUGGCUCUUCUGAUUCUCCGACAUACCCUCCCGUUAGUCCUCACUGGUUCAAACCUCCAUGUUUUCCCUUUGUUCAUGUUGUUGUUUCUGAGAGUUCUUGGGAUCAUGCUACCAAUCUAUGUUGUCACCAAAGCAGUCGCCACCUGUUGCCGCCAUUCACAGACGACCUUAGAAACCUCCGACUCUGAAGAUUCAUCUGGUGAUGAAGAAGCAGAUUUAUGGAGUUUGCCUGAAACGCAAUCUUACAUUAUAGAAGUGCCAUGA